AUGAGUGGAAACGAAUUCCGAUUCUUCUUAUCAUGCGACAUCAAUCUCCCCGUCACUUUCAGAAUCGAAAGAUUAGAAGGCAAAUUACCACCGCCCAAGCCUCCUAAUUCAGAUGACGUUGAUUCUACGUCAGAGGAGAGGAGACCGGAGUUGUACGUUGAGUGCUUGGUGUACAUUGAUGGCGCACCGUUUGGUCUUCCCAUGAGAACAAGGCUGGAAUCCUCAGGUCCAUCAUAUUGUUGGAACGAACUAAUUACAUUAAGUACUAAAUAUCGCGAUUUGACAGCAAAUUCACAACUCGCUGUCACUGUGUAUGAUGUUUCUUGUGGUAAAAGUGAUGGAGUGGUUGGUGGGGCAACCAUUCAUCUGUUUAACAUGAAAAAACAGCUCAAGACUGGUAAGCACAAGCUUAGACUUUGGUCAGAGAAGGAAGCAGAUGGUUCUAUCAAUACAACCACUCCCGGGAAGAUUGCUGCAGGCAUACCUUUGGACAUCAUGCCAGGAACCGAUGACCAUGCAUACUUCUCCUGA